AUGGCAGACGAGACUGUUAACGGUUUGGAUCAUGGAUAUCCAUACACCUAUCUCACAAAUUUCUAUGAACUGGUCGGUAUGUUAGGAGCACCCGAAGCUGAAGAGGAAGUUGAUUUCAUGAGAUUGUUUCCGCACUCCUUGAUCGGCAAAGCAAAGGAUUGGUAUCUUGACCAACCUACUGAAACCAUGACCAAUUGGAAUGUAUUAGAAGAGAAGUUUCUUAACAAAUUCUUCCCCCAUAUCCGGUUCAUGGAUUCUAAAACAGCCAUUGUUGCGUUUGCUCAAUCUGCAAAUGAAACUCUAUGUGAAGCUUGGGAAUGUUACAAAUCCAUGCUAUGGAAAUGUCCAAAUCAUGGUUUUGACAACCUAAUACAAAUCCACAUCUUCCGCAACGGAUUGCAGCCCCAGCUAAAGCUCUUCCCUGACGCAACAUCCGGUGGUUCUUUAUUAGCAAAAAGUGCAGAAGAAGCAGUUUCAAUUAUCAACCAAAUGGGUUUCAUGGAUCAUCAAGUCCAAUAUAAUCGAGGAACCGCACAAAAGAAGCCUGGAAUGCUGGAAUUGGAAGAAUUGACAAAACGACUGUCUAAAUUGCCGCAACAACUUAAGGAAAUGCACGGUUCGACAAGUGCACCACAACAAGUAGCUUUUUGCGAGUUAUGUACGAGAGACCAUCAAACCGGUUUUUGUCCUCCAAUAAAUGAAGAAGUCAAUUAUAUGGGGAAUCAACAAAGACUAGCACCAUAUCAAGGCAAUCCAAAUUAUCAACGCGGAAACAAUGCCAAAUAUGGUCAAGGUUGGAGAUAA